GUAAACCGGAAGUAGAGAGGGAUACUUCUCUUUUCAAGAACGCUUCUUUGGAGUCAAAGUAGCAGCACUUCCGGCUUGCUGACAGCUCCAGGUUGUGUAGCAUAGCUUAUAGCAUAGCAAUACUUGUCGGCGUCUUAGUCAAGGAUGUUUCAUAUUUGUUCAUUUCCAGACACAAGUAUAAAAUCUGGUAAAUGGUAGAAAUAUAACAAAUAUAGAUGCAAUACAAUACGAGUAUAAUAGUAGUUCACUAGGUAUUUCUUAUCAGGAUUAAAUAAUCAAUAUAUUCAAAGAAAGGGGGCUUCUAACAGCGCCCGGGAACAAACAAUAACCUCUUCCUGCAUUGGCUGCUUCCCAUUCAACACUUCCGGUGACCACCGGAUGUUGCUGAAGUUGCACCGAAGCGCCUGUGAAGUGAAUUCCAGUCCAGCAAAAUGUGUCUCCGCAAUGUUUGCAAGGGUUUCAACAGGGGCUGUUGAAACCCUUGGUUUGUAAAUAAUUGUCUGCACUCUCCUUGUGUUCUGUGUUGAUAUCGAGAGGAGCCCCGGCCUCGGUGCUCUUGCUGUGUCGUACUAAGUUGUGGACCAUGAUGGAGCAAAGAAGAGCCUUAACUAUUCCUUUUAAUGUUGACCACGAUAACCGGGUGGAAAACCCACUCAAAAUCUCCAUUCCAUGUCUUUCAUCACAUUGUGGGAAGUUAGAAAGACAGGUUUCCUGGACGGCAUUUUCAGGUUGCAGACGUCGUAGUUCGGAGCCGAUCAAUGGAUCCCUGCUGUUUGAUCGCAAGUCUGAAGCACUGGAAAUGGUCAGGAGGAAGCCCUGUCUGAUCUUGACCGAUGUCCUGCAGACAGAACCUGGGAAGGCCUACAUGGAACGGAUCAAACAGUGCGGUGCUGUGGGGACUGGGACGUCCCGUUCGGGGAGGGCGAUCGGUCGAUCCAAAAAGGAACCUCUCGUCCGCAGAGAUGUGAGGUCCAGACGGAGUGAGUCCAGGAAUGAUGAGAACCAGAGUGUCUCCCCUAAAUGCAACCAGAGGACCACCUCCCCCCCCACUCAUAGGUCAACUCUCAAGAGAAAAUCCCCAAAUGGGGACAAUGAAGUGGGCAUAGAAGAAAACCAAGAUAUUGAAGAGCUCGUAAUAGGAAAUGCCAACAGAGAUGACUUUAGUUUCUCUGAGGUUGUAGAUUGCGGUUUGUCAGUGAGUUGGGAGCCUGCUAUGGACACAGAAAGUUGUGACGACUUUAUCAAGGACAGGUUGACUGAUCCAGAAAAAGAAAUGGAGCACAGUCUGCAGAAGAGGAAAAGAAAGGAUGUGGGCUCCCAGUGCAAUGGGACCUGCAGCCCCAAACACCACCGCCAGAGCGUCCUGCGUCUCCCCGGAGAAGACCGGAGAGAUGGAGGACCGGCCCCACAAUGCGUUUCCCUGGAAGGAAGCGAAGAUGAUGGAGAUUUGGAAAACCUGGACCGCACCAUCGUACAGUUCAGGGUGGGAGUGGAGCAUCCAACAGAAGUUCUCGUCCCAACCAUCUGCCCUGAGUUGGGAACCGGAGAGUCCACUGGUGCCCCCGGGAGGAGUCCAUCGUCUAUAACCAGCCCCUAUGAGCCCAUUGUGCUGUCCAGUGAUGAUGAGGAGAGUGCUGAGUCCAGUACACCGACCACUAAAGAAGACGCAGUAAUACAGGCACGAUCCCUGCAGGAAGUUCUGCCCAAUCAGCUUCAAACUUCUGAUGUAGAAGACAUCCAGGUAUUUCCGGUAGUUGCAAAUCUUCUCGGCCCAAUGAAUAAUUCAUCACUUUCCAGUAUAGGCUUCUCCUUCUCCAUGCUGUACUGUGGAGGUUUCCAAGGGAGAGCAAAUGGAGACUUUGUGAUAGCCGACCAUCAAAUCAUAAUCCCGCUCAAAGGCGCUGAUGAGGAGGCGGAGGUGACUCUAACCGUGGAUCGUAAACACGUGAGGAGGUACAGUGUGUGGGAACAGCAGGACCUGGAGGAGCGGGGGCUUCGCCUUAAGGACGGCGAGGAGCCUUCCCCCGCCGCAGUCCUUAUGUUUUGUGUGUCAGAAAGGUCCGCUGCCUCCGUGCAGCGAGACCUCCUGAAGCUGUGUGUCCCACAAAACGGAAACACAAGCUCUGGGAAGGUGAGCCCCUUCCUUCUGCUGACGCUGAGACACCCUGUGGAGGGAAUGGAGGGGGCUUUAUUACGCUCCCUGCUGGACAUCGACUGUCUCAACAGUCUCACACAUGAACAAUCCACCGGCAACUUAGACGCAUGUAGGGGCUUCCGCACUCCGGUCCUUUCUCUGGAUGACAGCGUAGAGCUGAUCAGAAGAACUGGCCUGGGCUCUCAUCUGCUGUCUCUGCUGGGCCUGGAGGCCCCGGACUCAGACCAGGAUGGCCCACAUUCUGAUACCGACAGCGCUCCACACAUCCAGCCGCAGGCCCCGGAGAGAGAGACUGAGGCAGAAAAAGAGCCAAAGACGCACCUCAACCCAGACGAGGCUCAGGAAAGAAAGGUGGAGCCCCCCCCUGUUUAUACACUGUGCCAUCGUAGAACCAACGGAUCCUUCUCCGUGUCCAUGUGCAAACCGCGCUCCAGCCUGAUUAAAUUCAAGCACCAGGGUCUGGCUCGCAGGUUGAUCCAGUUCCCCCCUCCCCCAUUGAAAGGAGGAAUAACCGUCACGAUGGAGGACCUGCGCUGCCUUGACUGUGGACACUUCCUGAAUGAUGUUAUCAUUGACUUUUAUCUCAAAUACCUCCUCCAGAAUGCUUCUGCUGCGUUGGCCGAGCGCUGCCACAUCUUCAGCAGCUUCUUCUACAAGCAGCUCACACGGAGGGACAACGCCAGUGAAGGCGUCACCAGCGACUCUGGUCAGAGGCAGAGGCGGCACCAGCGGGUGAAGACGUGGACGCGCCACGUUGACAUCUUCAACAAGGACUUUCUGUUUGUUCCUGUCAACCAGGAGGCUCAUUGGUAUUUAGUCGUCAUCUGCUUUCCUGGACUGGACGAGGCAAAGUCGGAGCCCUGGAUCGUUUCAGACGGCGAGGUGCGUGAUCGAGAAGCGGCUCCGGGCUCUGAAAGCCCGACUGACGGCCCUUACACGCCGUCCACGUUGGACCGCGACGCCGGCUUGGACACAGAGACAGAGACGCCUACGGAAGAUUCCACUAAAGAACCAGUGCCAGGUCCAGUGAGCUGCACAGAGCAGACGUGCCAGAAGCAAUCUGUUAGCAAGAGGCCGUGUAUUCUUAUCAUGGAUUCCCUCAAACUCUCUCUUCAUGAGCGAGUCUUCAAACUGUUACGAGAUUAUUUGCAGUCCGAAUGGGAGGUCCGGCGUGGUUCUACCAGGGACUUUAGUCCUGAUCAGAUGCAAAGCUCUCACUGCAAAGUUCCCCUGCAGGACAAUAGCAGCGACUGCGGCCUCUACCUCCUGCAAUACGUCGAGACUUUUUUGAAGGACCCUGUGGUGCACUUUGACCUCCCUCUACAUCUACAACAAUGGUUUCCACGCCAGCAGGUGCGGCGGAAACGAGACGAAAUCCGAGAUCUGGUCCUUUACCUUCACCGAAAUCAGAACCAUGGCAGUAACAGAUGAGGGUUAAUAGCAUUUCCUUUACAUUAGGGACGUAUUGUAUUAUACGUUAACUUGAGUAAAACAUGUUCCUCCAGCUGUCUUUGGCUCCUGUGAGUCAACAGUGGAUUUAAGAUGAUCAAGCAGCUCUUUUUGAUAUGAAAAUGUUUCUACACCCCACAACGUUUUGCUAUUUGUUUUUAUGCAGCAAGAUUUUUUUAUAAAAGCAAUUAUUUGUAUUUAUUUUUAUAGGAACGCGUGUAAACAGGAUUAGUAAAGCCGAGUUUGUACAGCAAGUUUUACUUCUAUUUCUACUGAUAUUUUAAGUUCAUGUGUGACUUCCUUUUUUAAUUUGUCAUUGCUUUUUGAUUGAAAGCUCUUCUGGUUCUUCAUUUCUUGAAUAAAUGCACAUUCACUGAAUAAACACAGGCAUGUCCCCUUUCUAAGAAUAUCACUAUAAUGUAGCUUGAAGCCUCCGUUAUUCACUUGAAGUAUUUUAGAUACAUGGUAAAGAAAAUAAAAAGCACUCUGUGCCCAUCUCAGUUAUCACUAACCCUCCCAGAGGAAACCAUCACCAAACCCUCAACGCUCUGUAACCAAGUGAGCUGUCGUAUGCUUCUUCCUAAUCUUCCCUCCAUAUUCCCAAUAGAUCCACUUUGUACAUUUGCCUAAUUAGACCAACUUUGGAUGUUUGUCUCAAUGCAGUUAGUUGUUGGUUUGCAUAGACGAUAUUCUAUAUAAUCGGAUAUCAUAUAUGUUAAUGAUUCUAUUUGAAUAAAACUUCUGGGGUUCAGAUAAUAUGAAACCAAAGCUUCUAAAUGAAGACGCAUCAAGUGACAUUUCUGUCAGUCACUACCGAUUCUGAGCCUUGUUUCUCUUUUUCCUCAUGUCUGGGUCUCCCUCUGUCAAGGCACUGUGUUGGGGUGUCAGCGCUGUCUUGCCCCCUUGUUUUUCCCAAACUGGCUGCACCUGGUUUCCUGAAGCGAGCAGCCAAUCAGCGGAGUUUAAAAGCAGGAGGAUUGAUGUGUUCAAGGGGUUUGUUUUAACGCACUGACGCGGCUAGAGGUCCAGGUUUGUGGUGACGGGUUGAGGACCGCAGGGAAGUUUGGGGUAUCCUGUACAUCACGUAGGUACUGAGUGUCUAGAAACAUUAGGUUAUUGGUUGGUGCUCCCUGUGUAUUUUUGAUGGACCUUAUUAGAGAAGCAAGGGAAGCCAUUUUGUUUCUUUCCCAGAGGUAGUAAGCCAAGCCUAGUGUUCUCUUAAUUGCUAUUUGUUUGGCACAACUACAACAGUCCCAAUCUCUCCCACCUGAUAGAACCUAUUUAUUUUGUUAAGCCUGUGUAAAUAAAUCUUAUUUAAAACUGUUACUCUGACCUUUGUCUUUUCACGUAUUCUUUGACUGCCCUGUGCUCGUCCCCCCGAGGAAUGUCUUUUGCAUUAUUAAUUCUUCUUGUUUGUUUUUUUCCAUUCAUUUUUCUGGAAUCAUAAAGCUAGAUUAUAGCAUUAAACAACCCUAGUGACAAAUAUGACAAAUACCAACCAGACAACAUUUGAGUAGGGACCUGAGUCUUGACUUAUUUUCUUUGCUUUACUAUUAAUUCUCUGUUUGACCAGAGGAGCCAGGAUUUUAUCUCAGGCCAAAAGCAUUCAUUUUUAAACGUGUCUGUCCACUACAAUGCCAAUUUAAUCGGUUCACAGGGUUAAAUGGUUGGCUUUGUUGGAUUUAAUGUCUCAGCGUGUCGGAUCCCCUCUCAGUCUGACUGAGUAACCCCCCCGAUCCC